AUGUGUGAGUAUUUGCUCCAGCUGAGGAGCUCCGUGGCUGCAGCCCCUGCUGAUGCAGCCCCUGCUUACUGCAGCCCCUGCUUACUGCAGCCCCUGCUUACUGCAGCCCCUGCUUACUGCAGCCCCGCUAAGGCUGCAGCAGCGUCUCUGUCAGCACCACUUUGGUCCAAAACCACCAAGAUACGCGACGCAGGCUGCGGUCCAACAGCAGCUCGUCCUGCAGUAGGAGGGAGCGGAGAUGGAGACCGAUGCAGGACCAACCACUCCCAUAGGACACGCAGCCGCACCCGCAGGUCUCGUGAGCGUCGGCGGUCUCGGAGCAGGAGCAGCAGCCGGUCCAGCCGCAAGAAGAGCCACAGCCGAGACCGCAGCCGGCUGAAGGGCCGCGACAAAGACAAGGACAAGGGCAGGGACCGAGACAAGGGCAGGGACCGAGACAAGGGCAGGGACCGAGACAAGGGCAGGGACCGAGACAAGGGCAGGGACCGAGACAAGGGCAGGGACCGAGACAAGGGCAGAGCCAAAGCCAAGAGGUCCAACAAACGAGGAACAGGCCAAGGCUCGACUCCAGCUGGUGUUGCAGCCAUAACAGAUGAGGUACUGAAAGCCAAGAAGAGGAAGGACGAGGAGGCCAAGAAGAUGAAGUUGGAAGGUGAGCCUGAGGGGACGUCGCUGGCGGAUCAAGUGCGAAGGAUAAAGGACAUUGAGGCCAUUGAGAGUGAAUCCUUUGUUCCCCAGGCUUUCAAAUCAUCCCGAGACAGUGUCAAGACAGAGUCAGUGAAAGUCGAGCAGGAACCAGACGACCCACCUCUGCUCCUUACAGACAUCAGCUGUCUACCUACCACGAUCCGCUACAAUGACAGCGACACGCUAGCACACCCCAGGUUGUUCCUGGACAAGGAGAAGGCAGAGGAGCUUUGGCUCAACAGGCUGAUGUCCCUCCGCCAGGAGAGGCUCAUGGGUAGUCCUGUGCCCUGAUUGGACGAGCUCUAGUUAGUCUAUCCUUGUCAGGCCACACCGUCAGGAACAAACCCCUGUCCCUAAACAUAAAUCUUUAUACUUUUUUAUUUAAUCCCUCAUUCACUGGACUUCCCUCAGACUUUUUGUCAAGAAACUACAACGCUUCUGUCUUUAAGAAGAUUCGUAUUUUGUCAUUUAAAAAAAAUCCCAAAUGAGUUAUUGAAAUAAUACAUAGAAAACGGGCACUGUCUUUUGGAUAUGUCAAACGUUGAUCGGUUGUGUUUGAGUGAAUCCCCUGUGAAGAAAAGCCAUGUUUAGUAGACUGUUUAGUUGACUGUUUGAACCUGAUGUUUCUCGUCAUGCCUUCUCAACAGUGCCUUCUCAAAACUAUUCACACCCCUUGACUUUUGUUAAAAGAAUAAUGGGCAAAUAUUGUACAUUCCAGGUGUGCAAAGUUCUUAGACUUACCCAGAAAGACACAGCUGUAAUCGCUGCCAAAUGCGAUUCUAACAUGUAUUGACUCGGGUGUGAAUAGUUAUGAAAAUUUGAUAUUUCUGUAUUUCAUUUUCAAUAAAUGUGCUAACAUUUCUAAAUACUUUGUAAUUAUGGGGUAUUGUGUGUAGAAAGUCACAAAAUCAAUUCAAUCCAUUUUGAAUUCAGCCUGUAACACAACAAAGUGUGGAAUAAGUCAAGCAGUGUGAAUACUUUCUGAAUCCUCUGUAUCUGGGUGGAAAUAUUUAAGUCAAGGGGUGUGAAUACUUUCUGAAGGCACUGUAUCUGGGUGGAAAUAUUUGUUGUAAGUAGUAUCUUGGAGAAGCAUUUGAUUUUUAAUAUGAUUUUGUUGCAAAUUGUUUGAUAAACUCGGAAUAAAGGCCCAAACCCA